AUGAGGCCACAAAAAGUUACAGUAGAUAGUUGGUACAUGUUGACGGUGUCUUGCGGCUGCAUCGGACUAAUUAUUGCCGUACGGGUAUUACUCAGAUUAAUCCAAGCAAUUUUCUGGCUGCCUGGAUACAUAGAAAAAAUGGAAAAGAAAAUGGCAGAGGAGCAAUUAAAACUCAAGAUGGAAAAUGAGAAGAAAUUAAUGCAAGACACGGAGGCAAGUAACGAAAUCACAGACAAUAUUAAAAAAUAUAUAAAACACAACGACAUUUUUGAUGAUAAACAUGAAGAUUUCGAAGAAAUGAUUCAAGGAGAAACGGAGACGGAUAUUGAAUCAAGCGAGUACACAAAAAAUAAAAACGAUUAA